AUGGCUGAAGGAAAGGAUAACGGGAAGAAGAGAAAACCAAAUUUCAGCGAGACGGAAAAAUUAAGACUUAUUGAGGCUUACGAACAUGAGAAGGUGGUACUUAGUGCUAAAUUCUCAACUAAUGUGACAUCACGAAAAAAGCAUGAGGCAUGGCAAAGGAUUGCUGGCGCACUCAACAGCCGAAACACGUUGGUGCAUCGAACAGUUGCAGAGAUCCAAAAGAAAUGGCAACAUCUCACCAGCGCCGCUAUGAAGGAUGAGUACAGAAAACAUAGAAAGGAAAGCCAAAAGACAGGAGGAGGACCACCGCCAAACGAACCGUCAAUUAUCUCAAAGAAGAUUUACAGCCUGCUCGGGGAAGACGAUCCUUCUUUAUAUGGAAUCGAGGGUGGCAUAGACAGUAUGAAUCCUUCUACAGAAAUGGGGAAAGUACCAAUCCCAGAAAAAGGAAGUUGCAGUCGCUCCACAACUCCCACGAGCCCGGCUCCAGACACAGCAGACCUUGGCACCGCAAUAGAAUCACCCGACGACGAAAUACCUGGCCCAAGCUACAAAUCUGCCCAGUGUAGCCACGUAUCUGAAAAUAACAGAAAGAGAAAGAGAGUUGCAGAUGGUGAUGCUGACCUACUUGUUUUGCAGAAGGAGCUAUUAGUUCUAGAGAAGGAAAGAGCUACACUUGAAAUAGAGAAAUUAAAGCUUGAGAAACAAAAACUAGUUCUGGAAAUUGAAAUCUUAAACAGGAAAAAGAAUGGUCAUGGUUCUGAACAUGAAACAGACCAGAGUGAAAAUGUUGGCCGCAUGGCAACAUGGCCAACAUAUCCACCACCGAGAUACAUGAACAUGUAA